UCAACUCAGUCAUAACAUCAUUUAAUAAUAAUAAUGUUCCUAUAUAAAAUUAAAUUUAAGACCAUGAAGACAUUCGCCCCAGAUUUGUUCUAGUUUUGUUUUUGAUAAAAAGGUAUCAAGGACAACCAUAAUCCAAUAGGUACAGAUACAACAUGAUAAGUUGGUGAGUAAUGAACUCUGGGAAAGUCAAUAUAAAGAAUGAAAAAGAAAUCAGGUGCAUUUCAGAUUGAGAGGAGGUAAUUUACCAGUGGGUUUUCUGAGGUUUGCAAUUAAUGUACUAAGAAAACGUUGGGAAACCAUACUGUGUUUAUGAUCUUGUCAAAGCUGUAGAAAUGGUCUGUCUAAAUGAAUAAAAAUGGUUGGUGUAAAGUUUACAUCUCCCUUUAUAUAGUGACAGAAAAUUCUUACUUUUGUUGUGCGUUCCUUUUUUGCUGAGUGGUUAGGUUUAUUAAGGUCACCAGUUUCGAUUCAGUUUCACCACAGUCACCAGGGUUUGAAAUUUCACUUGGAAGUGUAGAAUUCUUCCAUGUGAGGAAACUCUCAAGCCAGCUAGCUGAAAUAAUGCCUAGAGGGGCUCCUGGGGUCUUUCCUUUACAAUGAAAAGCUGGAAAGUCACUAUAAUGUUAUGAUCAAUAAAUGUGUCGUUAAUUUAGCAUUAAAUCUGACAAAAUAAAUAAAAAAUUACAUUUAUUGAAAAUGACCCAGAGUGGUAAAGGAAAAUUAAUUAAUACCUUUAAAUUCAGGUCAUUCAACUCCUCUUUGGUUUAUAUAAUGUAAUGGCUGUCAAAUUAUCAUCCUCCAUUUAUACUUUGUAUAUCAUUUUGGAUAUCUUCCAGAAACUUAUAUGGUUCCUUGGUCAUUAAAUAUAUAUUAUACAGUAGUAUGUAAUUUAUAUGUACAAAUAAGCAUCUUUUAUCGGUUCAUGUAGGUGAUACAGUUUAUGGUUUUAAGUCGAGUUUUGGGAUGUUUUUAAAUGUGGGUUGACAUUUAACUACGUUGGAACCAUGGAUGCAUUUAAGGAGUUGUCAGAAUCACGAGCUGAGAGUUUGGUUUAAAUACACAAGAGACAGAUUUGUACUUUUAGGAGAAGGCGCAGCUUUUGUUGCAUUUUCCGUAUUUUAGCGGCCUUACACAGGGUGACAUGCCCGUACAGCAGAUAGCUGUUGUAUCGCCGUGUAAUAAAAGUAUGGAUAACUCAGGGAUCAGAAAGACAGAGAGUGGGACAGAAAAUGGAGCAAACGGAGCACCUGGCAGGAACCAGGUGGAGAUGGAUGACUGUCAUGUGACAGAAUGUGAUCAAAAUAUAGCCUUAAACUGUGAUACUGAUAUAGCGAACGAUGUCGCGCUUAGUGACGCGGCAGCUGGUGCAAUCGUUAAUACGCAUGUUGUUGCCGAUACUGUGAUAAUUGGAGACAUGAACUCGGAUUCUUUGUCUGAUGAUACAGGCAAACAGUCAGAUGGCGGGACAGACACUCUUGUACAUGUACAGGUAGUUCGUCCUAGAACUGGAACACAGAGUAACGAAAAUUCAGACAUAUCAAAUAGUGGAAACGUUACAAACAGCGACAAACGAUCACAAACUCGUAACACAGGAAAGUCGAGUAAAAAAGAAAAACCUGCGCCAGUCAAGAAAAAGGACAGUGGGACACAGGAAACUCUUCAUCCUAACUCGCCUACGCCAAUAUCGGCAGAACGAUGUGACUCGUCGAUGUCAAAUGUGGACGUGUGUCGAAUCUGUCAGUGUGAUACUUGUGAAAUCCAGAAAGAGUCUCCGCUAGUGUCUCCGUGUCUGUGCGCCGGCAGCCUCAAGUUUAUACAUCAGGCUUGUCUGCAGAAAUGGAUAAAAAGCUCGGACAAGAUGUCAUGUGAACUGUGUCAGUUCGAGUACCAGAUGACAAAGAAAACAAAACCAUUCCGAGAGUGGGAGAGGCUGGAUAUGACGCCUGCUGAACGACGUAAGGUUGUAUGCAGCGUAACAUUCCAUGUGAUAGCGAUUACGUGCGUUGUAUGGUCCCUGUAUGUGCUAAUCGAUAGAACAACGGAGGAAGUAGAGGCUGGCUCGCUACUUUGGCCAUUCUGGACUAAAUUAAUCGUGGUGGCAAUCGGUUUUACCGGUGGUGUGGUCUUUAUGUAUGUUCAGUGUAAAAUGUAUCUGACUUUGUGCAAAAAAUGGCGUACGUAUAACAAAGUUAUACUCGUAAGCUCUAUCUCGGAAUCGCAGCGGGAUAAAGCAAAUCAUGAGGGAAUCAUUAGAAUGACAGAAAAACAAGCCCAACUUGAAGAGGAACGGCGGACGAAUUUUGAUGUGUUUACAAUCGUGCAAGAGACAGGCACAUUUUGAGGAGUAAAAUAUAUAUGCUACGGAUAUGUAUAUAUAUAUAUAUAUAUGUACAAAGAAUGAAUUUUACAGAGUGCUAUAGCUUAAUCAUGAAAACUUGCAAAUAUUGCAGAAUUUAUCAUGAAGGCUAAAUUUGUUUCUGGAAUCCAUUUUAAAUAUUGAUGAUUUUUGUCUAUACUUCUGUUGUUCUGUGAUUUUUAUAGUGACUACUGUGCAUUUAAAGCAAUUUGAUCUUUUAUUUAGUUAUUUACAGUGUACACAUUUUGUAUUUAUUUUUGUGAUACGUUAGCACUGUAUGUUUUUGUGAUACUUUAAAGCCCUGUAAUGUAGUUGUUUAAAAUACUGCACAAAGCAGAUUAUUUCUGUAACAGCAAGAUAUGUCUUACAAGUUUCAUUUAUUUCUGUGCAAAUAAAUUAGUCCUGUAAUUUUUUUUUUUUUUUUUUUUUUCAAAAAAAAGUAUAAAAAGUGGGAGAAAUACCCCUCCAGCCUGUCUGUUAUAAGUGUUUGCUCACAGAAUCUUUUUUUGUUUAACGUUGAGGAAAAUUCUUUAAUAUAAAUCUAACAAAAGGACUUUAAGGCCUAAAAAAAAAAUUCUUUGUUUCCGGUAACAUGCUAAAAAAAUUAGGGUAGGUGGUGGGACUUUUCGGAAAUUAUUUUUUAUCAAAAAAUGAAUACAGAUAAGAGGGUUAUGCCUUUAGAAGCAUCAGUAAGUUGAUUUCUAACAUCACUGAUCAUGUUUAAAGCAUAGAAAGUGCAGUUUUGCAACUUUUUGUCAAAAAGUUGAAAAAAUUAUUCUCCAAGGCCAUAAAAACAUUUAGGGUCGGGCUGAAAAAAUUUAGGGUAGGUCGGGAUACCGGAAACAAACAGUUUUUUAUUUACGCCUAAUAUAGAAAAAGAGGUUGCUUUUUAGUGUAUAUGACUGCUAAAAGAUCAUGUUUCCCUACAUUCAGGAAAAGCAGCAUAGGUGGCACCGUGUAAAAAAGUGGGAUACACACUUUUUUCAAUUACAAAUUUUUUUUGAGAAUUGAGCACUUCUAUUACAUGCAUCUAUUUCAAAAGUACAUUAUGCUUUUAGCAUAUCAGGAAGAGGGACAACUUCGUUUUGAAUGCCAAUACUGGAACUCUGAAAUCAUGGUUAGUUGCAUAUACAUUUAUUAUUCAAUACACGAUAAAUCAAGAUAAACUUAUGUUAAACUAGGAAGUGUUUUUAAAUCAAAGGAAAUAGUCCGCUGUUUGAAUACUUUUAUAUUCAAGGGAGGUAAUUACAAAAUUUCAUGUAAUUAAUCAAACGUGGGAUCUAAUUUUGAGUGUUGUAACAGAGAUCUAACUUUGUGUCGUGUGUCAGUUUGUUCCUUAAAUCAGCCUCUAAAAGAAUAUACAAAAACAUCAAUAUUGCCUUUGUGAAUUUCUAGCUGAUAUUCUAACUAUUGUUGCUAGGCUACCAUUCUUCGUCUUAAUAAAUGAAAUUGAAAAGAAGAAAAGAAGUACAUAUGAACUCUUAGGUUGUUAUAUUCCAUUGCUCAUCUAUAUACAGUGUAACCUGUACAGAGUGAACACCUUUGGAAAGACUUGAUUUUGUUUGGUGUACAGAGGUUAUUUUUCUCAGAAGGUUAAAGGGACUGGCCUCCACAUCAUUCGACAACAACAACAAAAUUUGUUUUUAGAUAUCUGGAAACAAAUGCUAAUUUCUUAAGAAGGCUUUAAAACUUAAUUACUGACAAACUAUAUGUUACGGAAACACAUGAGAAUUUGCUGUUUUUACUACUUUUUAUGAUGAAAAUUGAAAAGUAUUUGUAACACUUUACUCCAGGUAAACUGUCUCAGUUAUAAAUAUCUAUAUUUUGAAGUCAUAAUUCACUAACUCCGCUAUAGCACUAUUGGUUACGAUGACUGGAAAAUGUCUUUAUUGCCGCGGCGGUCCGGGGUUUGAUUCCCGACGCGGUCAUCUUUUUUUCUUGAUUUGGAAUUUUUUAAACAUUUUAGAAACAAAAACUCAUGUUCUAUUGUUCAUAAUAUGACCAAACUUCAGUUUGAAAGAAAGAUUAUUUUUAGCCAAAUCUGGAGGUCAGUGCCUUUAAGGUGGUGAAUUAGUAAUGACAGUCUGCAUUUUCCAUUCCAAAACGAAUUCUCUCUAUUCGAUUUCGACAUUCUCCGGUCAUUAGGGAAGCCAUUGCUUGUGUUGGCUUCUUUUUUAUGGCUGAAGAAAGCAGAAAUAACAGUUGAGAAUACAAAAUCGCAUGAACAUUGCAGAUUUUCAUUACAGGUCCACUACCUUAAAUAAGAGGGUAAAAUGUCUGUCUAUAUAGAAAGGUGUUUCAUUUUCAGAAGUGUGUUCUUUAAACAGGUUGUACUGUGUAUCUAUUUUUUUGGCAUAAUUUUAAUAACACUUUGUUGAACGUGGAUUAAUCGCACUAUACAAAGAAGCACUGACUUGCCUUAGUCUUAGAUAAAUAGUAAGACAUAAUCAUUAGACAAACAAGCAAAUUUAACCCACAUUUUUAAAUCACCAGGGUGUACGGGUCAUUGACAUUUCCAAAUAAUUCAACACAUUUAUUAAGCAUAUAUAAGCUUAUAUCAUGGCACAAACACUUUCUGUAUUUCAACACAAUUUAUAUAAACAGUGUAUAGAUAAUAUCAUGUAGUUUGUUUAAAGGGGCUUGCUUCCCAAUAAAAAUCACAAUAUCACAUUUUUUUUUCAAAAUUGAUGAUAAAAGUGGUUGAUUAGAUAUUAGAAAUAAGUAUUUUUUUUAGCUUAUCGUUCAUGUGUAAGAUAUACAAUAUAUCAAGAUUUCUUUAACUUUACAUCAAAAGCUCUACUGCAUGGCUUACACAAUAGGUCGCUUUUUUUUUUCAUAAUUCACAGACUGUAAUAGAACACUAACCAGUUUCAUCUUUCCUUUCAUGUACAUUUACUAAGACAUGAAACUUAUGUCAUAAUUUUCAAUCCAUUUGACCCAUUACUAAGUCUGGAGGUUUGCCCCUUUAAGAUUAGUUCCUUUAACUUACAUUAACCUACAAAACAGUAUGGAAAGUGGUGCUUGAAAUAUGUCUAGUUUGUAUAAAUCUGGAUUUUAUUCCUUCUUUAAGGAGGAAGACCCGAAAGGACUGUCGGUAAUUUCAGUUUUAUUACAUAUUCUUGUGUGCAAUUUCAGCAUUAUUUAGUCAUUAAGGUAGCUUGACGAGUACUAUAUAAUGGCUUUCUGUCCAAAUAAGAGAAUUCUGAAAUCACAGACUGAAAAUACCAGAAAUCAGUAAUUUUCACCCAAAAAAAAAUAAAAAAUUUUUAGCUGUCAGUAUUCAUGAAAAUCGAUACUGGCAGUAUGGUAUCUGUUGUUGUGAAUAGCCCUAUACUGUGAAAUCAUUAAUAUUCGUGGGGGAUUAAUUUUCGUGAUGGAGUCAAUCCACAAAAUUUAAUCCCAACGAACAAGUUAAAUUCCCAUGCAUUUAUGUUCAAAACUUUGAAAUCCACAAAUUCAUAUCCCCACGAAAUUACCGUUUUGACCAAAAUCACGAUAUUUCAUGCCCACGAAAUUUGAUAAUUUCACAGUAUUUCAAAAGUUGACCAUUUAUCACAAAUAUUCAACCACACAAACUAAUUUGAAAUUUAAAUAAAGCAAACUUUUAGCCUCAUGAAAAUACUUGAUUUUACAGUAUCUAAUUUGUUUGAAAUUGCCAAUUGUCCUUACAUUUACAUCCGCCACCUUAGAUGUAAGAUCUACAUAAAAAAAUUUGUGUCUCAAUAUUGAUUUUGCAUUCAUGAGCUUAUUCUCUUUAAAAAUGUUUAGGUAAAAACAGAUAUUUCUUUGUUAACAAGACUAUAUGAAAAACAUAUAUCUCACAUCUGAAAUAUAAAAAAAGAAAAAAAAAAAGAGUAGAAAACCUCUUUGAAAUAUUUGUAAAAACUCAUGUAAAAUAUCAGUUUUAUUCUUCAUUUCAAAAGCAUCUCAGACACUUCCCUGCUGUGAAAAAAAUUUAUACUUAUAGAGCCAGUUAUUAAUAGUGCAGAAUCCAGGAACACUGGUUAUGUCAUUGGACUGAAAUACUGCUGAAAAAUAGUGUUAGUUCUGUUAAUUUCAAACAAACAAACCAGCAGUGCAAGCAUACUUUGCAAAAAAAUCAUUUCAGUCAUUAAGUUAUACCGAUGACAUGUUUUACAAGGAGUAAUCUUAAAAGGAUUUUUACUUACACAAAAAAUAUGAAUCACUUUUUAAAGGAAACCUGUUUUAAGUGUUCUUUAAUUGCUUCAAAAAAUAGUUGUCAAACAUAGUUAGUUGUGUAAGUGAUGCCUGAAAAAUUCUAGGCAGACAGCUGCUGCUCUUUCAUACUGAUAAAUUUUCUAUUCUCAGUUCAGAUUGAUUACCAAUCACGUGUGUUUCUAUUAAUAAUGUAAGCUAUAUAUAGACCACUUUUUCUUCCUGACAGCUCUUAACCCUUUACCACACAGAACAGAAGCCAAAGUAACCUCUUUUACAUAACACUGAUAAGUGAUAAUCAAUAAUCAAUAAUCGGUAUAUGGCUGAUAAAGGUGACUGUCUUAUCUGAACAGAGGUGUUGGCAUUAUUUUGUGAUUACACAUACUUAUGUUAAAAAUGUCAUUAUUUUAAUAUUUUCUGUAAGUUUGACAUUAUUUUUGUCGAUAUAAAGUUUAUAGCAAUUUAAAUUCUCUUUCCGAUGAUACAAAAUUUAUUGUAGUUUCUCUUUGAGUUUCGAAGAUAUAAAGUGUUAAAGUACGGGAAUAUAUAUUUUUAGGCAUAAAAUUCUGUUUUGGAUUACUUUCACAUUGAAAUUCAUAUACAAUUUCAUUUUGAUGUUUGAAAGUUUGAUUUAUAGUUAAUAGACUUAUCUUCCGAAUCGGAAUUGGUAAGUAUUUAUAUAAAAAACAACCAUCAAACUGAAUAACACUACAAAAAUAACGGAUCGUAAAAUUUCUGAAAGUGCAAAAAGACCGCAGAGAUCGAGACUCGUUACCAACUACAGUAUUCUUGUGCUAAAAAUUAAAUAUUUUUAAGAUAAUAUUACGUAAUAUUUUGAUGAUCAAACGUCGGUACAUCACGGGUGACUUCCGCUGCAAUUAACUCUAUGGGUGUCAUAAAAUAUUUGAAAGCCGCGGUCCUUCUGUUUUGAUUAACACUUCCCGUUAUGUAAGGCCAUAAAUUUCAAGCCAUCGUAUACACAAAUUGUUGUUUAGGGGAAAUCUGCAUGUAUCACGCGUGACCUUCAUGACCUAACACAUUUAAAAAUACUUUGAUGUCAAAUGGUUGUUAUUUUUAGAACGAGGAAAGCCCCGCGAAACGGCUAGUUGCAAGCAGUUUUCUCAGUAAUUUUCCAUGACGUAGCGUCGUGCACAUGUAGGAAAAAGCCCCGGUGUCUUUCUGUGCAAAGUACUCGAUAAAUUUAAAUAGUAACCACUUGAUCUUUUACGUAAAUAAUGAUGACAAAAUCCCAUAUUUUGAGUUAGUAAACAUCCGGAAUUUGUUUCUUUAGGAAAAGAACGCAAAUAAAGCGAUUGAUUAUGAGACACGGGAUAAAACGAUUCUGUUCAAAUGGCCGUUAAUCGGUAUAAUACGUUUCUAUCGGGGAACCGUUAGACACGGGUCAAUACGUUUCUGUUUGGGAAUCGAUAGAUACGGUGAUAAACCAAUUUGCAGCUGCUGCUUUCUUAGAAAUUUCAACAUAUGUCGGAUAUCUUUUUCACAUCAGUAUUAUUUAUUUAAGUUCACAUUGUAAAUGCAUGAAAUAGACAAAAAAAUAUGACAGAAUUUGGGGAGUUUUGUAGAAGAAUUUUAAAUUUUGCUUGUGGUGUAUUUUUCCUUGAAGAAUAUUUUUCUAAAGAAUCAGUUUUUAUGGGGAAAAAAGUAUAUAAAGUUAUGUGUUGUCACAAGGAUUGUUUUUCAGACCAGCAUUUGUUGAGAAAUGAUGUUACCAGUUUUAAGGAAAUUUUAUUGAUGUUAAAUGUUUCUUGUGUGAGUUUCUCAAUUUCUUGUUUUAACCUUCAGCCUGCUGGUGGCAAAAUAUGCCUUUGCGACCAGUGCAGACCAAGAUCAACCUGCACAUCCUUGCAGUCUGAUCAUGGUUUACACUGUUAGCUUUUCAGUCAGUUAAUUUUCAGUGAACACCCCUUUGAAUAAUAAAUGGUAUUGCCCAAAUUGAAUGAUGGAUCAGUCCAUUAUAGAAGUUUAGCUGGGUAAAGGUUAAGAACAAAUAGUAGAAAUAAACAACAACCCAUCAAGGUAAAAAAAAAAAAAGUCUUUUCUCCACAGAGAAAUAAAAAAAUUACCAGAAACUGCAGUCGUAGAAACAAAAAUUGGUCAUAUGAGCCUUUUUGACAUAACAAGUUACAGAUUUUUAAAAAGAAUCUUCUUCUCUAAUCUCUUAAGAUUUUUACUUAUUUAUAUUUCUUUAAAUUGUUUUGCAAUCUUUGUUAGCAGAUUAUGUUGUUUUUGCUUUAGUUAGUUUUAUUUCUUUGUUGAUUUUCUGUUGCUUUCUGUUGUCUGAAUUUACAUAUUUAUUGGAUAUUUUAUUUAAUAUUUCUUUACAAAAGCUAGAUCGAUACUGGCUGUGAAAACUUCAGUUUUUAUGCUGUCUUUACAGGGUUAUCUUUUAUUUUGUAUGAUGUUGCAGGAUUUUUUUUAAAUCGUUCAAAAUCAGUAAGGUUGAAUUUUAUGUAAUAAUUAUGUAGAGCUUCUCGGCUCUAAACAAAGAGUUCUACAAUUAAAAAUUUGGCACAUGAUAUGAAGCUGAGUUUCCAAAAAAAAAGUAGUUCCUGUGAUUUGAAAUAAAGAAAUAAAUUACUGCCUCCUUUUGGAAAAUUGGCAGCCAUUGUAGGGUUACAAUAACAUAACAAGAAAAAAUUGUGAAAGUCUUUGUUUUGAAAAAUUGUCUUCAUUUUGCAGUAACUGUUGUUCUUUAUAACAGGAACAACAAAACAAGCAGGUUAUGUCUUAGUGCAAAAAGUAAUAUCUGUAUGUUUCUGUAAUUUUGUUUCUGUAAUUUUAAAAAUUAAUGUAAUAACUUUCAAGAAGUAAUAUCAGUUCCAUUUCUGUAAUUUUAAGGAUUAAAAUAAUUACCUUCAAGAAGUAAUAUCAGUUCUGUUUCUGUAAUUUUAAGGAUUACCAGGUAAAAUAAUUCCUUUCAAGAAGUUAUACCAAUUCUGUGUCUGUAAUUUUAAGGAUUUAUACAAUAACUUUCAUGAAGUAAUAUUAGUUCUGUAUCUGUAAUUUUAAGGAUUUAUACAAUAACUUCCGUGAAGUAAUAUCAGUUCUGUAUUUGUAAUUUUAAGGAUUUAUGCAAUUACUUCCAUGAAGUAAUAUCAGUUCUGUAUCUGUAAUUUUAAGGAUUUAUGCAAUUACUUCCAUGAAAUAAUAUCAGUUCUGUAUCUGUAAUUUUUAGGAGUAAUAUAAUUACUUUCAAUAAAUAAUUUCUGGUUAAUAUAAAUAUAACUGUUUAUUUUUAUUGGUAUUUCAACAAACAAGAAGUCUAAAAGUUUGAAUUUUGAGUGCUAUUGUUGUAAACAUUGAAAGUUGAUAAAAAAAGAAUGUUUUACGAUAACAAUGUAACAUUUCAUGUUUUCUAGAUGUUCUAAUCAUGUGAAGGUUUUGAUAUCAGUACAUGCCAGCUGCUUUUGACAGUUUUGUAUAAAAUAAAUGUAUAAACCAUAUGUUUUACCAAAUUUGCAUAUUUGUAUACAAUACUAAUGUAUUCUUUAUGCAAAUUUGUACAAACUUCAUUAUCUGCUUUCAUGAUAUUGUGUUAAUUUGUCUUCAGUUUUAUAUAAUUUGAGUCUACUACUUUGAUCUGUUCUUAAUUGCAUCAUGGAGUCAGCUGAUUAUUUUACAUCUUUGUUACAUACAUGUAUUUGAAAGUAACAGUGUCGUGGAAACUGUUAUGAUGCAUAUCGUUUAGUGAUUUCUAGGUCACAGCAUCAGAAAUUUCUUCUAAUCUAAUCAUAUAAGCACUAUAGGCAUUUAUAUGGUUCUGAUAAAAUUAGAUUUGCUAGAGAAGAAUGUGUGAUGGUUGCCUCAGUGCCAGAAAAAGAGCUUUUAUGAAUUUCUUGUUACUUGUUCACAACAGUUACUGUAGUAAUCAUUUUUAGUAUUUCCAUCAUUAUCGCCAGUUUUUUUGACGUGAAAUGCGCAUAAUUAUCUUGCAGAGAAAACCAGCAAAAAUUUUAAUGAUGUUCAUGUCCAAAGAAAUUAUUGAUUUCGUCAAUUUUUAGAAUCUGAAAUUAAACUGUGCAAGUGUAAUUAGAAAGAAAUGUUUCCUUUCAGAGUGAGAAAUACCAGGUAGUUUCUUUUCGAAAUGAGAAAUUGUUUUAAUUUCAAAAUAAGAAAUAGUUUUCCAUUCAGAAUGAGAAAUUAUUUGUCUUUUAAACAGUUCUCCUUCCAAAAUGAGAAACAGUUUUAUGUUCCUUCCAGAAUGAAAAAUAGUUUUUUUUCCUUUCAAAAUGAGGAAUAGGGAAUUGUUUUUAUUUUGGUAAACUGAAAUUACUUUUUCUUUGGCACAAAAUUCCUUGGAUUUUGAAAGAAUAGUUAUUUUGCUGGAACUUAAAUUUUGUGGUUUUAGAAGUUUAAAGAUGAAAGUUUAAGGUUUUUGUAUCAUUUAGAUUGACACAGCCAUGAAAAUCUGUCCCCCAUGAAUAUUAAUGAUUUCACAGUACUUCAAAUAAAAAAAGCUGGAAACUAGGAAAUCUGGUUUAAGUGGCAACCGUGAAAGGUUUAAUUACUCAAAUUUCUUUAUGAUUGAUGUACCUGUUUCUUAUAUUUAUGCUUGCCAAAAGAACUUUUACUUAAGAUUAUGGAAAUGAAAUAAUAAAAAAAAUGAAAUGAACUUUUAUUAUGCUUUUGGGUUAAAGGUUAAUGAGGUUGUAUUUGUGUGUUUUCUGUUUAAAAUUUCUGUGUUAUGCUAAAUUAACCUAAUUGUCAAAAAAAAAAAAAAAAAAAAAACCUGAAAAUAAUUACUAAACAUUUUUGCGAAUUUUAUGAUAAUAGUAAAGUGUGAAUUAAGGCGAAUUAUACAGUUUUGUAAAAUGAAACAUUUACACCAGAAAAUUAUUUUCAGUCAGCCAAGCAAGGAUAAUGCAGUUGUUAGGCUUCUGUCUGACAUAGACACCAUUUAUCUCCUAUUUAAUUAUCUCCCUUAACAGUAAAGAGACAUAAUUAUGCAACCACAAAUAAUUUAACUAGAUUUUUUUCCCCAGUCAUAUCUUAUUAGAAUUUAGUAAUUGAAACCUUGAAAUUGAAGGGGAAUGAUGAUUAUGUUAUGGAUUAAUAAAAUCGAAAAUAGGAAAAUAAUUGUACCUGACAUGUGACUUUCAUGGUCACAUGGUAUCUGGGACAGCAAUGAUUGAUGUUGCCCAGGCAGAGGGAGACAAUGCUUUUGGAAAUUUGAAAAAAAAAAGACAUCAGCAGACAAUAUCCACUUUGCACAAUCAUCAUCAUAGUCAUCAUCAUUUUUUUUCCAGGGUUUUUUUUUGUGCCUGAAUUGACCUAUAUCCAGUAAAUGGGCAUUGCAUUGCUCUGUGAAAUUUAGUACACUAGACCCCUGUAAAUUCAUUCAUUGACUGUUGUACAACUGAGCUUUGUUCUUUCAAACUUUUAGAGCAGUUAUAAAUUGAUAGGUUUGAGGGGAUGAAUAAUCUAGAAAAUAUUUCACACAAGCAUAAGUAAGAUUUCUGUUAGAUUUUAUUGCACAAAUUAUGACCAUUUCAAUAAAAUACUGUUUAACAUUCCAGUGUAUGCACAUUUUAUUAUUAUUAUUAUUAUUAGCGCUUGUUUGUGUUGUUAUACCACAUUCAUUUGAAUUGAAAUCUUCAUUCUAGCUUAGGAAAUUUGCAACUGCAGAAAAUAAAAUAUUUUGAGGGAAA